CGGAUUGGUCGCCGUUUCAAAAGCAUACAGCUGUCACGGGAGGAAGGUUGGCUGCAAGGUUUGAAUAGGGAAGUUUACCAGGCGCUGGGUCUUGUAGAGAGUUAGUUCGCGGAUUGCGAAAGGUUUGCAUUUGCGAGUCAAGCGGGACUCACUUUGGCAGCAUUGAGAUAAAAACAUCUCAGUUCUGCUCGAUUGCAUGUACGAGUACAACAGAAGGUUGCUUGCUGUAAAGACUUCAACUUUUUUAUUUACAACUUGAUUGCUUGUACAUUUUUAAAUAGUCUGUUACGAGCAAACUUUGUCUGGGAUUUAAAAUGGAUGUUCUACCGAUGUGCGGCAUCUUUCAGGAGCUUCAGAUCGUACACGACACCGGGUAUUUUUCGGCUUUGCCUUCACUUGAAGAAUACUGGCAGCAGACCUGCCUGGAGCUGGAGAGGUACCUUCAGAGUGAGCCCUAUGUCUCUGCGUCCGACAUCAAGUUCGAUGGUCAGGAGGACCUCUGGAGCAAACUGAUGCUGAUGAAGGCGGAGCCUGGUCCGCGAAUCGCGCGCAUCGCUGAGGAUGACGGCCCCGACAACCACAUCUCAGAGACCAACAGCUUGAGCUCUGAUGCCAGCAGUGAGACGUCAGACAGCUCGGAGGACCUCUCGCCUACGUGCAGCUUCACAGCCGACUCGCUAGGGGGCGUUCCUGUCCACGGGGGCCACUUCGGCUCCUCGGUCAUCGCCACGCCGCCAUCCUCGCCAGAGGCAGUCAGGGAGGCGGGGGCUCCCCGGGUCUGGGGCUCCGCACACCCAGAGCAGAGCUCCCCAGGGAAGAUCCGAGGUGGCGGCGUGGGAAAAGGGGCGGAGAAAACGCUGGUGGGAGGGGCUGGGGAGGUGUCACCCGACGGCAGGAAGCGGGUCCAUCGCUGCCACUUCAGCGGCUGCCGGAAGGUUUACACGAAGAGCUCACACCUGAAGGCGCAUCAGCGCACACACACAGGUGAAAAGCCAUACCGGUGCUCGUGGGAGGGCUGUCAAUGGCGUUUCGCACGGAGCGACGAGCUGACAAGACACUUCCGGAAGCACACGGGAGCCAAGCCCUUCAAAUGCAGCCACUGUGACAGGUGUUUCUCCAGGUCCGAUCACCUGGCCCUUCACAUGAAGAGGCACCUCUGAGCUGGGAUCUGGGGAGCAGCGGGACAUGGUCCUGUCUCCUGGCUUGGCUCGCGGUUCGAGCCGCCCUCAGCGGAGGGGAGAGUGCCCUUUGCACGGUUCUUGGUGCCUCCGGAACUUUCCCGGGAGAAGAUGCUCUGAAGGUUGCAGAAUGCAAAGCAGCUGAGCGUGAGGGGGGGUGGGGUGUGUGUGGGGGGGGAGAGUCUGUGAAAAAAUAAGACAACCUGUGUGCAUGUGGCACGGCGUCUGGGGGGGGCUAUUUUUUUGUCUCCCACCCGGACGUGUGCACCGGUGUGACCCACAGGGGGCCCGGUGCCGUGAGAAUGUCUGACCUUGUGUCGCUUUUGGACUGAAUGGUGCAGAGGAACAAGGUCCAUUUCCCCGUUUCCUCAUGGUGAUGGGGAGAAAAGGGGUGGACGAGGAGGGGAUGCAUGCGGUCGAGUGCAGCAGGGAGUCUGGACUUCCGGGGGAGGAUGGGGGGUGUCUCCUGAGGGGAAACUACUAUGGUCUGUCUUCGAUGACAUCAGUGCCCCUCCCCCCCUCGUCUCAAGGAAGGCGGAAAUCCCUUCUGAAUGAAAGGGGCUUUUUUUUUGGUGUUCGGUGCAGCUAAUACAUGUGCAAUGUGUUAAGUAGCUUGUUUUUUACAUGCUACAAAGCUGAUUUGUAGUCCAUUGUAUAAGCCACGUGCUUAGAGGUAUAACACAACUAUAACGUCAUAAUAGAAGCCGGUGUUGCAUGGUUAGGGUUACUUCCUGUCAGCUAACAGGACUGCAAAUAGAUUCCAGUACAGUGCAGCUAAAUGGUCCAAUGUUAUAUUAUUGUGCAUAAGGCCUUUUUUUUGAGGGGGUUUAAACCACUAUUGCUUAGCAACCGUUACUUAUGAACCAUUUCCUUUAACUUAUUUAUGACUUCAGGACUAAUUUCGGCUUCUUUUUUCACUGUUAAUGCACUGUUGACCUUAAUGGUGCCUUAUCCAAGCGACCUUGUCCUGUGGAAUAGAUGACUCCUUUGGGGGAUGGGGGAGGGGGGGCGGGUCACGUGUAGCGAUGUGGUUUAUCGAAAUGCUUUAUUAAGGCUCUAUUUCACAUGAUCUUGCACUUUUCUUUGUGUACGCAGAUGGUUAUCGGUGACUUUCAGAGUAACCAGCUGACAUCAUCUGUUAGGGUUUGAUCAUUUUUCUGGCAUCACACGAAAGUUUUUGUUUUUUUCCUUCCCCGGCUAAAAUGAGUCGAGUCUGAAAGAGCAAGAGAAACCCUGGAAAUUUCAUUGUCAUAGUGCACUUAAGGAACAAUUCGUUGAAUUGUUUACUACCAUGUAGUAUUUCAUGUAUAUUGGUUCUACACUGAAUGUGUUGAUUUUAUGUUGUCGGAGGUGCAGAGUCCCGAUGAGGCAAAGCUGCAGCGCUGUGCUGUUGCGUGUUGGAAGUGCAGCCAUGCCAACCACGCUCGCUGGCUGGAGAUUAACUGUAAUUAUGAAGCAGCAGUCAGGGCAGGCCCCCCCCCUCGUCACGCAGCCGCUUAGCCAAUCGCCUGAGGGCACGCAAUGCCGUGGACUGCUGACUCGGGGAAGCGGUGCACCGAGCUGUCUGCUGAGGGGAGCUUUGGUCGUGGUGCCGGGGUUCCGCGGGCAGCAUUCUGCACUUUUCCGUUGAACAUAUUCAGUGUAAACUGUGAUUCAAAACAUCAGCUAAUGACGGCUGAGAAGCAUUUUUAAAGGAGAUUCAUAUUUUACACAGUAAGGGACCAAAAUAAACAAACUGUAUAUAAUAUCGCCUGGAGAGAUGGCUACUGAUUCCAGCCGCAAAUUGAAGUUCUGAAAACAGAAACUUAAUGUGCAUUAUGAGUAACUAGAAAGUUAUAGGUGGGUUUUUUUUUUUUUUUUGGAACAUGCCAUUUAAAAAAAAAAAAAGUGAUCAAGUUAAAGCAUAUUGCUGCCAUUACAGUAAAACCUGGGUCUGGGACUUAAAAAAUCUUUUUCGCGAAGCAGCAGCCAAUGACAUUCAGGUGUUAAUUGAGCCUUAAUUAAGCCUCACGUGUGUUUGCAACUUAACCAACAAAUGUUUCUGUAAUUUGAUACUUCUUGUUCUAUCAAAAAUCCCUGUUAUCUUAAGAAUCUUUGUAAAAGCAUUUUUGUAAGUUUUGUUUUUUGCUUUACAAAAUUUUAUUUUAAAUUGUUUUGCAAAAUUAUUUCUGUAUGAAUGUAUUUUUUAUUGGAAUAACAAGAAAUUGGUUAUCAGA